CGGAGCUGUCGUAGUAGCUAACUUUUACACGGCGGAGGGCGGCGGUCGCCGGCGGCCGCAUCGCAUCCUUCUGGAUACGGACGUGUGCACGGACGAUGUCUUCGCUCUGUUGUACCUCUUGAAGCUUGACCGUUCAGAAUUCGAUCUGCAGAUAUCAAUAUGCUUUUCUCGGAUAUUGAUGCACCUUUUACCUAUUAUCUAUCGCCCUUAGGGAUAAAAUUGCUUAUGCUGAGCUAAGUUCCACCCGCCAACGCUUCCAAUUUUUUGUAUGCCCAUUUUAUAGGCCAAAUUCCUAGACACUCAAUAGUGUACCGAAUGACAAAGAUUAUCAGCCCGUACCUUUUGGCCUCUGGACUGCCUUGGCUCAGUUUGGGUCCAGGUCAUGAAUUACUUCUUAUCCUCAUCUUCGCCCUGGCUAAAGGGGCCUUACGUCAAGUAGAAAGGCCAACCUGAGCGAGGCAAGCUGGGAACGGGCUGAGACUUACGAUUACCAAGUCAAAGACUAAUGGAUGUCUCGCAUUGCCCCGGUCUGCCGAUGUUGUUGAUUUACUGACCUGCAGCCGUCCAAGACAAGAAUGGAAUAUCGAUUCUCUUGACAUUUUCCCAGUAUCAACUUCUAUAGUUUCAAGCAUCUCACGUGUGGAGAGGCUGUAACUAUUAGCACAAACUUAUGGACAGAUGCUGGGCAUGCUGUUAAUCACAUCUAUGAUAUCCUUUACAUGAUGUGCCGCGACGACAUUGCUGUUGGGGUGGGAGGUGAGGGUGGAAUACUUGAAGAUGGCACCAUACAACCAGAUGUUGGUGGAUAUCUCCCUUUAAUUGAACAGGGGAUUGGCACAGCUGGGUAUUGUAGAUACAGACAAGCAAUUCCUGUUGGUCAAGGAGGGAGAUUAGAUAUUGAUUCGAACUUUGGAUUUAGAAAGAGCUUCCUUCCGCAGGGGAGCCGGAAAUAUUCUCCACUUUGGCAGCCAACUGCUCAACAAGUGAUGAUCGACAAAGUAUCUGCUGGUCCCAUUACUGUUUUUCUUAUUGGAGCACAUACAAAUUUCGCCAUUUUUCUCAUGAAAAACCCACAUCUAAAGAAAAACAUUGAGCACAUUUACGUAAUGGGGGGUGGUGUGAGGUCAAAGAACCCAACCGGUUGCUGCCCGACCAAUGGCAGCUCCACUUGCGAGCCUCAGCAGUGUGGUGACUGUGGUAAUUUGUAUGCAGAUUAUACAAGCAAUCCGUAUGCGGAGUUCAAUAUUUUUGGAGAUCCUUUUGCUGCAUACCAGGUAAUCCAUUCUGGAAUUCCAGUUACACUUAUUCCACUGGAUGCAACAAACACCAUCCCAGUUAGUGAAAACUUCUUCAAAGCAUUUGAGCAGAAUCAGCGCACCUAUGAAGCACAGUACUGCUUCAAGUCCUUGAAAAUGGCGCGUGAUACUUGGUUUGAUGAUCAAUUUUAUGCGAGUUAUUUUAUGUGGGAUUCAUUUGCAUCCGGUAUAGCUACUUCUAUCAUGCGGAACACACGCGAUCAAAGUGGGGAAAAUGAAUUUGCUGAAAUAGAGGUCAUGAAUAUCACCGUAGUUACUUCAAACAAACCGUACGGGGUAUCCGGUGGCUCAAAUCCAUUUUUUGAUGACCUUAAAAUUCCAAAAUUCAAUUUAAAGAAAGGUGGAGUUCACAGUGGUCAUGUUCAGACUCGACUUCGCGACCAGUUUUGCGUUGUCAAGAAUGGGAAAGGGAAAUGUAAGGAUGGCUACACCAUGGAAGUAACCGGUCCAGAAGCCGUGUCUGUGCGUGUUGCAACAAAAGCAAAGCCUAGUUGCGACAGUAACAGCUCUUUAAACAGAGAAUUCUUCAAAAGUUUCUUGGAUGUUCUGAACCUCCCUCAACAUACUGGAAGGUUCAAUUUCACAACACAAUUUCCCUACUACGAAGAAGUUCUUUAUAAACCAGAUUUUGGAGGGAAAGAGUUCGGGAAAAAUGUGUUGUUUGACAUGGAUAUGAGUGCAGGCGAUUUUCUGGCGUUAUUUUAUCUCCUUAAAGUACCCGUUGAAGUCAUCAACCUCAAGGCAAUAUUAGUAAGUCCAACUGGGUGGGCGAACGCAGCAACAAUAGAUAUCAUCUAUGAUUUGCUGCAUAUGAUGGGUCGUGACGACAUUCCUGUUGGUCUAGGAGAUUUAUUUGCAACAAACCAGUCUGAUUCUGUUUCCUCUGAUGUUGGAGACUGCAAGUAUGCGAAGGCUAUUCCACAUGGUAGUGGUGGACUCCUGGAAUCUGAUACCCUGUAUGGAUUUGCUCGUGAUUUGCCACGAAGCCCACGGAGGUAUACUGCAGAGAACUCUGUAAAAUUUGGAGCUCCUCGCGACACUGAUCACCCUGAACUGAGACAGCCGCUAGCACUUGAAGUUUGGGAGUCUGUAUUGAAAUCGCUCGAUUCAGGAUCUAAGAUCACGAUAUUAACCAAUGGUCCCUUGACUAAUUUAGCAAAGAUAGUUCUUUCAGAAAAAAACAUAAGCUCUAUAAUUCAGGACGUAUAUAUAGUGGGAGGACACAUCAACUACAAUUACACACUGAAAGGAAAUGUUUUUGCUAUUCCUCCAAAUGAAUAUGCAGAACUCAAUAUGUUUCUUGAUCCUUUAGCUGCCAAAAUGGUAUUCGAUUCAGGACUCAAUAUUACACUAAUUCCACUUGGAAUUCAGCGUAAAGUUAGUGCAUUUCCUAAGAUUUUAGAAAGGCUGCAUCAGACGAAGAGGACUCCAGAAGCAAUUUUUGCAAGGCGGUUGAUAUCGAGGCUGCACUGGUUGCAGCAAAAGCAUGAUAGAUAUCAGCACAUGGACACAUUUCUGGGGGAAAUUCUUGGUGCUGUAAUCUUGGGUGGUGAUGAUUCUACAAUGAAUUCUGAAUUUCAAGUGAAACCCAUAAAUGUAAUUGCGAGCGGUGUUGAAUCUGAAGAUGGACAAAUGAAAAUUGAUGAAAAGAACGGGAUACCAACAAAAAUAUUGGUAAAUGUGGAUGAUAUGGCAUAUUACGAUGCUUUCGCUAAUCAACUUGGCGAUGAGCAGCAGUCUGCUGUAGUUGGAAGUUUCGAAGAGCAGAAGAAUUCGGAGUUAGCCGCCAACAUAAAGUUCUCAUCAGCAGAAGAAACGUAUUUGCUUUUUUCUUCUCCUGAUUGUUAUUCAUGUAUUUAACUGGAAAUUGCUACUAACCAAGUGUUGGGAGCUACCCCAGUGUUGUAGGCUACACUAAAGAGAUUAAACCAAUAGAAAGGGAUUGAACGCAA